AUGGUAACGACGGUAAAGUAGAGUUCAUGUCAUUUCAAUGAAAACGUCAAAAAUAUUUUACCAAAACAAUGAUUGCUAGUCUGUUACGCCGGCAAAAUAAUUUGUUUCUAAAUUGUCAAGGAUAUCACCGUUUCCGUUCGCAUUUACGUAAUUUCUCCGCAAUCUUAAAUAUGUCCCAGGCCGCUCUAGACAAUGUUCCUGUCGUUGAUAUUGACAAAGAAGGUCGCUUCAAAUAUGUCCUGAUCAAAGUGUACGCAAAAGAGCUUGAGGAUGGAUCUGAACCGAGUAAAUUGGUCGUCAGAGGAAAUGUUGACGCUCAAUGGCAUGCCGAUAUAUACGAGCAAUUCACCGACAUGUUAAAAGCUUUAAAACUCGAUGCUGAAUGUCUCGGAGGGGGACGCAUCGAACACCAUCCGGAUGUGAAGAAGUUGAAAGUUUACGGAUAUUCUCAGGGUUACGGCAAGGCAGACCAUGCGGAAACCAAACGACUCUUGCGGACCAAAUAUUCUGACUAUGAAAUCGAAAUAUCUGAUGAAGGUUAUUGAAUGUGAAUAAAGGAGAAUUUUGCGUUAA